AUGGUCUCGCAACGCCGCGUUCGAUUGAUCGCCAUCGCGGUCGCGGCGAUUCUGGUGAUGAUGUUCUAUUACUCGGGCGAAGCCAGCAAGAUCCAAAACCAGAAAUUCUACCGGUCCACACUCGCCGCCAUGCGAGCCAAGGAAGAAGCGAAACACACAGACUCAAAGGGAGGGACUCAUCUUGAGGGCGCACAGAAGCCCGGCGCUGGUGCAAAAGUCAUUGUCGACGAUGUGGAGAGACCUGCGGUGCCGGCUGCAAAAGCGGCGGAUAGCAAGGGCGACGAGGUUGAGGAGAUUUCUAUUGCGGGUCGGACGAAAAUGACGCUCCCCAAGGCGAAGGGUGGACAGGUUGAUGGGGGAGAGAAGACGAAGGAGAAUGGGGAGGACAAGGAGACGCCAGAGGAACUUGAUGCGAAGACCGAGUUGAAUGAUAUUUUGAAGAGAGCGCCAGUGAUCAUCUUUUCGAAAUCAUAUUGCCCGCACAGCAAAAGAGCCAAGGAUAUCCUGCUGAGCCACUACGACAUCUCUCCAGCGCCUUUCGUUGUCGAGCUGGAUCACCACCCGAUCGGUCCGGCGUUGCAACAACUCUUGAGAGAGACCACCGGCCGGGGUACGGUACCCAACGUGAUGGUGAAUGGGAAGAGUAUCGGCGGCGGAGAUGACAUGGCUGCGUUGGAUCAGAGCGACGAACUGGCUUCGAAGCUCCGUCAAAUGGGUGGAAAGUGGCUGUCAAGUGCGGCCCUAAGCGACGCACAAUCCCGUGACGUUCAAUUUCGCUCCACCAUCAAGUCCAUCCCGAAUUUCGACUCUCCCGACAACGACAAUUCAACCCCCUCGGCCAAUUCCACCCACGCAGUCAAGAUGCGGUACAUUCACUCCGAGGAACGGCUGCCCAUUCCGGACAAUGUGAAGGUUCACAUUCGUUCGCGGGUUGUGACCGUCGAGGGCCCCCGCGGCAAGCUCGUCAAGGACCUGUCCCACAUCGCCGUCACCUUCGGCCUUCCCGAGAAGAAUGUUAUCUCGAUCGAGCUGCACCACGGUGCUCGCAAGGGUGUCGCUACCCUCCGCACCGUCCGCACCAUCAUCAACAACCUGAUCAUCGGUGUUACCCGUGGCUUCCUCUACAAGAUGCGUUACGUCUACGCCCAUUUCCCCAUCAACGUCAACCUCGAGAAGAACCCCGAGACCGGCGGUACCGAUGUCGAGAUCCGUAACUUCCUGGGUGAGAAGUAUGUCCGCCGCGUUCACGCCCGCCCCGGUGUUGAUAUCAUCACCUCCGCCAACGUCAAGGAUGAGCUCCAGCUCUCCGGUAACUCCCUGGAGGAUGUCUCCCAGAGCGCCGCCGAUAUCCAACAGAUCUGCCGUGUCCGCAACAAGGAUAUCCGUAAGUUCUUGGAUGGUCUGUACGUUUCUGAGCGGACCAACAUCAUUGAGGAGUAA